AGCACGUCUUGCUUUUCGGCUCAGUUGUUAAAUGAUUGUUAUUCAGUUCUCAUAUAUUUUGUGAACGUUACAGGUAUUACAAGUAUAUUCCAAAAUGUCGAAGGCACAGCCGACUGCAGCGCAUAGUAAGCCGCCGCCCAAAAUCAAGUUUCCCAUUCACGACACCCAUUUAAAGAAGUCACUGUCAAAUUUGAAGACUGCUUGCGUUUUGGCAUUGAUAGCCCCACUUUGUUACUAUAUGUUGCAUAAUUUGCCGCGAAAAAUGACAUAUAAGAACUUUUAUUCGAACUAUGAUCCGUUGGACGCUUUUGAUCGCAUGCAAAGCGGUGGCUAUUUGACCUCAUGCCCCAAAGAGUCUAAAUCGGAUAAAAAGGAUGACAAGAAGGAUGACAAGAAGAAGAAAUAAGUGUUAAUUUCUUAACUAUGUGAGGAACAAGUUAAAAACAUUUAAACGGGGCGGAAAAUUUGAAACUUACCAAACACAAUGCAUCAAUGGAAAGGAAAUUCACAACGCAAAUGAAUUCUAAGAAAUUGUAAACUCAACAAAUCUUUACAUUAAGUUCUUACACACACACACGUACACAGAUCAUAUAAAUGGAGCAUUGCAAAUACUUGACGCCGUGUCUUAAGUUAUGUGUAGCACAUCCUUUGCUGCCCCGUAAAUCGCUCCGGACAGCUGCCGCUCACGGCCGUGUCUACUGUCUGCUAUUGAUGGCCAAUAAAUACUAAGGCCACCGA